GAUGAUGAUGAUGAUGUGUCGACAAACUCGUCCUCUUCCGCCUCGCGUUGGUGUUUAGUUUUCGAAAGCCGGAACAGCCCGGAGUGGCCUGGGAGUGAAGUGCUUAUAAUUGGUAUUCAAAGUUGUCCCAUACCGAGGGCACACGGACGAGAGGGGCGGUUGUACUUAGCACCUUGCGGACGGAUGGAACAUGGAUUGUGUUGGUGAAGUGGUUCAGGCUUUGGUGGCACUAGCUGCUUUGGUGUUCAUUGUGGUCGUUGUUGUUGCUCAUGUCACCGCUGGUAUGAUCGACCUGAGACGCCAUGAAAGGGAGAGCGGUUUCGUCACUGCCUCUGGUCAGACAGAGUCCUUCCCAAGUCUGCACGACCCCCACUCGCUCUUCCUGUCAGUUGUGGUCCCAGCCUACAACGAGGAGCUCCGAAUGCCUGUGAUGAUGGAUGAAGCUAUGGAGUAUCUGGAAAACAGACAGAAGAACAACGCCUCCUUCACUUAUGAGGUCAUAGUGGUGGAUGAUGGGAGCAAAGACAAAACUACUGAGGUGGCUCUGGGUUACACACGGAAGUAUGGUUCUGAUAAGGUCCGGGUCCUGACGCUUGUGAAGAAUAGAGGGAAAGGAGGGGCAGUGCGGAUGGGCACUCUGAGUUCCAGAGGGAAACUCAUUCUGAUGGCCGAUGCAGAUGGUGCCACAAAGUUUGCUGACUUUGAAAAAGUAGAAGCUGGGCUGAAUGAUCUUCAUCCUAAAGCGGGCAACAUGGCUAUCUCCUGUGGCUCCAGAGCUCACCUGGAGCAGGAUUCUGUGGCUCAGCGGUCCUUGUUUCGCACAUUUCUCAUGUAUGGUUUCCACUUCCUGGUGUGGUUCUUCUGCGUGCGAGGAAUCCGGGACACUCAAUGUGGAUUCAAGCUUUUCACGCGUGAGGCCGCGCUGAAAACAUUCUCGUGCCUCCAUGUGGAACGAUGGGCCUUUGAUGUGGAGCUCUUGUACAUUGCUCAGUGUUUCAAAAUCCCGAUAGCGGAGGUGGCCGUCAACUGGACUGAAAUAGAAGGAUCCAAACUGGUUCCUUUCUGGAGUUGGCUGCAGAUGGGUCGAGACUUGGUUUUUAUUCGCCUGCGCUACGUCACUGGAGCCUGGAAGCUGCAGACUCCACGGAAAACGGACUAGCCAAUCAGUGUGUCGUAAGCUCAGACGGAGUUUUGGAUGAAGUGGGACAGACAGCUGCUGUGUAUUUGUCAAGGACAAACUCAUGCAUCCGUGUGUUUGGACUCUGCGUUAGGGAUGACGGUGCAGUUGUAAAUCCUCUCGUCCAUGCCGUGAUGUUUAUCGGCUUGUGCUGGCGUAAUCGCCAUGGAAACCGCCAGUGCUUCAGCUUUCAUCAUGUAUGACCAAGUUGUGUACCCAGUGGCAGAAUCAUUUGAGUGGGACAUGCUCAAAGAAAACUGUCUUUCACUGUGUCCACUUGAAAGCAGUCGUGGGAUCCAAUGCUGUACCUCCAGAAGCUGGGCUGAUGGCUGUUUCACUCUGACAAAUGAACCCAGUGUCCUUAAAUAAAUCACUAUUGUCUUGUUCUCCG